AUGGAUCUUCCAAGUUGCGCGCUGCCGUGCCUAAUCUCGGCCGUGGGCAACUCAACAUGCGCCCUCACCGAUACAGCCUGUGUCUGCGGGACUCCCCAGAUCGCAGCACAGCUCGAGCCAUGCAUUAUGGCUGCAUGCACCGUCAAGGAAGCCUUGACGUCGAAGAACAUGACCUACACGAUGUGCGAUUACCCAGUGAGCGACGACACAGCGGUGUUUCCCAUUACGAAUAUCGUCGGGAUAGUGGUUGCAAUUGUCGCGGUGCUUAUGCGCCUCGCGAAUCGGGCGCUGGAUAGGAGGUUAGCGCUGGAUGAUUAUAUCUUGAUUUUUACGCUGCUCCUUGCUGCUGGGAUCUCGGGCAUUGGAAUCGAGCUCCGCAACUACGGCCUAGGCAAAGACAUGUGGAGAAUCCCCUUCGACGACAUCCGCCAGAUCCUCAAGCUGUUCUUCAUCGAGGAGGAAAUGUACUGCGUGUGCAUCGCCACAAUCAAGAUCUCGAUUCUAUGUCUGUAUCUCAACAUCUUCCCGAAUCGCGGCGUGCGCAUCGCAACAUACAUCAUGCUGGCCAUCUCGCUCGUCUGGGCGAUUGUGAGCUUCUUCGUCCUCCUCUUCUCGUGCUCGCCCAUCAGCUACUACUGGGAUAUGUGGGACGGCGAGCACACCGGGAAGUGCAUGAGCCAUGAUAAGAUCCUGGUGGCGCACUCGGUCUCGAAUAUCGUGCUGGAUGUCUUGAUUGUGGCCAUUCCGAUGCCGACCCUGGCGACCCUGCAUAUGCCCCUCGAGAAGAGAUUGGGUGUUUGUGUCAUGUUUGCCGUGGGGAUUGUCGUCACGGUAAUCAGCAUCUUCCGCCUCGUCGAAACAGUCGGCUUCAACCAAACUACCAACCCAACACGCGACUUCGUCCCCGUCGGCAUCUGGUCCCUGCUCGAAUUCGACGUCGCCAUAAUGUGCGCCUGCAUGCCCGCAAUCCGCUCGCUGAUAAUCCGCAUCUACCGCGGCCAAUUCAAACCACACAUCACAGCGCUCACAAACAGUCUCUCGGGCUCGACGCGGUUCAGCAGUAACAAUAAUUCCAAGAACGGCAGUGAUUCGAGGACGAGGGUCUCGCAUAAUCUAUCCGCGUCGUUGUCUGGGUCGAAAGCACGCGGCAAGGGCCCGGAUGAUGCUGUGGGCCCCUUUAUUCGGCUGGAUGAUGUGGGGACGACGGCUGAUGCUUAUUAUAAUGGUGCUGGGGUUGGGCGUAAUGGUCGUGUUGGUGGCGGUGGCGGUGGUGGUGGUGCUGGGCGUGGAUAUCCCGGUGAUAUAGAUCUAUCUGGACCGCCCCCUGGGAGUCCCGGGGUGGGACCGGCGCCUGUGCCUGGGCCUGUGCCUGUGCAGAGUCCGAGUAGAAGUUAUUUUAAGCGCUGGAGUUUGUUCUCGAGGAAGUCGAGUGAGCCGCCUCAGACACCGAUGCUGCCGCCUGCGCCGACGUCGCCGAGUGCGACGUAUUUGGUGAGGUGA